AAACUAAAACCCAUUCUCAUCUCUCUCUACUCUCUAGUCAGUAGUCAGUACCUCUCCUCAUUCAAUCUCAAAUUCUGAAAUCACAAUAAAAAUGGUGAAGCAAAAACAACAGGUAAUUUCUCGAUUCUUUGCUCCAAAACCCAAAACCCCAUCAUCUCCUUGUUCCAACAAUGAUACUAAACCCUCAUCUUCAUCUCCUACUCCUAAAAUCACUACAAAAGUCUCUUUGUCCCCUGCAAAACGCCUCAAAUCUUCUGAAUUUAUCUCCCCCAUUAACAUUUCUUCAAAAAGACCCAAACUUUCCCCUCAUACCCAAAACCCCAUUCCUUCUUUUCCCAAUUCCAAUCCUACCCUUCACCAGAAAUUCCUCAAGAAGCUUCUAGAACCUACUGAUGAUGCUCUAGAAGCUUCGAAUUUGGAAAAUGAACCUCAUACUUCUAGAACAAAGUAUACCCCACUUGAGCAACAAGUGGUGGAGCUAAAGAAUAGAUACCCAGAUGUUUUGUUGAUGAUUGAGGUUGGUUAUAAGUAUAGGUUUUUUGGUAGAGAUGCUGAAAUUGCUGCUAGGGUUUUAAGGGUUUAUGCUUAUGUUGAUCAUAAUUUUUUGACUGCUAGUAUCCCUACAUUUAGGUUGAAUGUUCAUGUUAGGAGGCUUGUUAGUGAAGGCUAUAAGGUGGGUGUGGUUAAACAGACGGAAACCGCCACAAUUAAGGCCCAUGGGUCGAACCGUGGCGGUCCUUUUUCACGUGGGUUGUCGGCAUUGUACACUAAGGCUACUAUCGAGGCGGCCGAGGAUUUGGGGGGUGGUGAGGAGGGUUGUGGGUCAUUGAAUAAUUACUUGUUUUGUGUGGUUGAGGAAGAAGUUUUAAUGGAAAAUGUGGAUUUUGGGAUUGAAGAUGUUUCUGAGGUGAAGAUUGGGGUUGUUGCUGUGGAAACAUCAACUGGUGAUGUUAUUUAUGGGGAAUUUAAUGAUAAUUUUAUGAGGGCUAGGCUUGAGGCAAUCCUUCUGAGUUUGUCUCCGGCCGAGUUGCUGCUUGGGGAGCCUUUAUCUAAGAGAACUCAAAAGUUGCUAUUGGCAUAUGCUGGGCCUGCAUCUAGUGUGCGUGUGGAGCAUGCUUCACGUGAUUGCUUCAAAGAUGGUGGUGCACUGGCUGAACUGAUGUCUUUGUGUGAACACACGAAUCAAGGAAAUUUUGAGCAUUUGCAAGAUUGUGAUGGAGGAGUUGCUGGGGAAGGACAUGGGCCAGCAAUUAAGGGGAUCAUGAAUAUGCCAGCAUUGGCUGUGCAGGCAUUGGCUGUUACCAUGCAACAUCUCAAACAGUUUGGUCUGGAGAAGAUUUUGUCCCUUGGAGCUUCAUUUCGGCCUUAUUCAAGCAAUUUUGAGAUGAAUCUUUCAGCUAACACGCUUCAACAACUAGAAGUUUUGAAGAACAACAGCUAUGGGUCAGACUCUGGUUCGUUGCUGCAGACUAUGAAUCAUACCCUUACAGCAUUUGGACAAAGGCUUCUAAGGCAUUGGGUAACUCAUCCAUUAUGUGACAGAAACAUGAUAGCUGCUCGGCUUGAUGCUGUUGCAGAGAUUGCGGAAUCUAUGGGUGGCUGUAACGCUUCUAUCAGAUACCGACAUCUUGAUGAGGACAACUCUGAUACUGCAGCUGUUCUAAGUGAUAUAAAUUUUGUGCUAUCUUCAGUUUUAAGUACAUUGGGACAGUCCCCUGAUGUGCAACGUGGAGUAACAAGAAUUUUUCACAAGACAGCUAACCCGUCUGAGUUCAUUGCAGUUGUUCAUGCCAUUUUACUAGCUUCAAAGCAACUUCAACAACUUGAAAUCGGAACAGUCCAUUCUGCUUUAUUGAGAAACUUAAUUCAGACUGCUUCUUCAUCCAGCUUGAUAAGCCGUUCUGCAAAAUUUAUGUCAUCCCUGAAUAAAGAGGCAGCUGAAAAGGGGGAUCUGUUGAAUCUCAUUGGUACUGAUGAUGGCCAGUUUUCAGAGGUUGUAGAAGCUCGACAGAAGGCAGAGGGGGCUAAUGAAAAGUUGGAAUCGCUUAUAAGUUUGUAUCGCAAACAGCUUAGGAUGCAUACUUUGAAAUUUGUAACUGUGGCUGGGACAACUCAUCUGAUAGAGUUGCCUUCAGAUGCUAGGGUACCUCCGAAUUGGGUGAAAGUUAAUAGUACAAAGAAAGCAGUUCGCUAUCAUCCGCCAGAAGUUUUGACUGCUUUGGACCAGUUAUCAUUGGCGAAUGAAGAACUCACUGUCAUUUGUCGUUCUGCGUGGGAUAAGUUCUUGGGGGAAUUCGCUAGACAUUAUGCAGAGUUUCGGGCUGCAAUUCAAGCACUUGCUACAUUAGAUUGUUUGCAUUCUCUCGCAAUUCUCUCGAGAACUAAAAAUUAUGUGCGUCCAGUUUUUGUGGAUGAUAAAGAACCUGUUCAGAUACAGAUAAUCUCUGGACGUCACCCGGUUUUGGAGACUAUAUUAGAAGACAAUUUUGUCCCAAAUGAUACUUGCCUUCACAGAGAUCAGCAAUACUGUCAGAUCAUUACCGGACCGAAUAUGGGUGGCAAGAGUUGCUAUAUCCGUCAAGUUGCACUCAUUUCAAUAAUGGCUCAGGUUGGUUCUUUUGUACCAGCAACUUCUGCUAAGCUUCAGGUGCUGGAUUCUAUAUAUACUCGAAUGGGUGCUUCUGAUAAUAUACAGCAAGGGAGGAGCACCUUUCUGGAAGAGCUUAGUGAGGCUUCCAACAUACUCCACAACUCUACAGCACACUCUCUUGUAAUCAUGGAUGAACUGGGGAGAGGCACAAGUACUCAUGAUGGUGUAGCUAUUGCCUAUGCUACUUUGCACUAUCUUCUGAAGCAGAAGAGAUGCAUGGUGCUGUUUGUCACUCACUAUCCUAGAAUUGCUGAUAUUCAGAAAGAAUUUCCCGGUGUAGUGGGGACGUACCAUGUCUCAUAUUUGACGAGUGGGAAAGACGAAGACGUUGCAUACCUCUACAAGCUUGUGCCAGGCAUUUCUGAGAGGAGUUUUGGUUUCAAGGUUGCUCAGCUUGCACAGCUUCCACCAUCAUGUAUUCAACGAGCAAUCAUGAUGGCCUCGAAGUUGGAGACAUUGGUCCAAAGGAGAACAGGAAACCGCCUUCGAGAAACAUUGUUUUCCGAGAGACUCUGCACAAGUGGUGAAAGUGAAGCAUCAGAUAAUUUAUCAGAUCAUGCUGAAAUAUUGGAUGAAAAUGAUGACAGAGACAUGGUUCGAUUGAGUACUGUUGCUUCUAAGAAGUUCUUUCAGGAUCUAUGGUCAGCCUUGGGUAACAAUGACCUGGCGAACAGAUAUGAUUUUUUGAAGACUGCUAGGAGUGCUGCAGCAGAGUUGAUCGCUUGAUGAGUCAGAGUGCUGCUAACUUUUUUGUUCUGCGGCUUGUGGAAGUAUCAAGAAUGCCUGUUUGCCCUCAGCAUAUUUCACCAACUCUUACUCCAUGUGUGAUGGAACUUUGUGUACAUAGAAUCAUAGAUAUAACAAAAUCGGGGCUCAUUUUGCUGUGCCCUAUUCCAUAAUUUGCAUAUCAAAUUUUGUAAAUCUUGAUGUCUUGAGAUGGAACGCUAGGCGGAAUCUAUGGUUGAGUCAGUGGACGAGAUUUUACAUGUACCAAAUGAAUACUUUACCCAUUAAUGUAAGUUUCCUUCUUGAGAAAAA